UCCAUCUGAUUCUACCGCUUCUAGGGCAUCUAAUUCUAAACACUGUGACAUUUCGAAAAGGUGCUGGAAAUUUAUGACGUCACGUGGAACUAACAACUAUACUCUUACUCAUGAAGCAUUGUAUUUGGAAAUAGGAGAAAUGUCUGGAUGCAAGGACCACAUGUCAUUAUUAGCAGAAAGGUUUAAUCAAGGAAACUUCAGCCAUCUCUUGGACUUUUUCUGCGCCAACAUACUGCGAGACAUCGAACUGAUUGAAUCGGAUGGAUUUCCUUUAAUGUGGAGAGACCUAUUUUUUGAGCAAGUGGCGAUAUGCGGACUGGUCGGAUAUAAAGAUUUCUACAGACCAGAAUGGGUUGACCUAAUAUUAAGCUGGCAACAUCCCAAUGGUUGCUAUGGUUCUACAGAUGUUGAUGAUACUGGAACUGAAGCAGAUAUUAUACGGAAGAGAACAAAGAGGGAAGAAAGGUACAUGGGAGGAGGUUGUUUCGCCCACACGACAUCUGUUGCUCUUGGUGCCUUAGUAGUGAACACCAGGUUUCUUCUGGACGACCUGAUGACUUACAGCUAAACGCCAAAACAGUCAUGUUUAGAUUCUGGAUAUGCUUACUCGCAAUAACAAAUUCUUUUUAACUUCGCCAUAAUAAAGAGUGAAAAUAUUAUCAUUUGAAAUUAGUCCUGCCUUUAAUAAUAAUAAUAAAAACAGUUACUACACGCUCGGAAAAAGAAAACCAGAAUCCAUAAUAAUGUUUUUGUUUACUAAAUAGUGUAAAAAUACUUUUAUAUGUCGAAUUUAUUUUCUGCCAUUCUGUUAUGCAGAUAUAAAUUCAAAAUUUACCUCGAC